AAGUACAUAGAGGUACCUCAUUUUUAAAAUUGUAUAAUAUUCUGUUCUGUGGCUGUGCCAUCAUUCAUUUAAUACUCCCCCUCUUGAUGUAAAUUAAAGAUGUUUCUAGUCUUACUCCUAUAUACAAUGCUGGAGCAACUAUCCAUGUACAGGUGACAGUAAUUUAUUCCUAUAGGAUAGAUUGCAGAAGUGAUUUGCUGAGUCAGUGUGCAUUUGAUGUGUUGGUGGGUGUUGCCAAAUUGCCUCUUAAGGUGAUGUGCCUUGUUCGUUGCUCCUCAGGUUCUUACCAGCCCAGUGCAUUUCUUAAGGCUUUGAACUUGGUUAAUCUGAUAGCUGAAAAAAUGUGAUUUUAAUUGUAAAUUAAGUCUCAUUGUAAUUUUAAUUUGCAGUUUAUUAAUGCAUGAAGCUGAGCCUAUUUGCUAUGGAGUGAUCUUCAGUAUAUGUUGUUAGUGAAAAAAAUCAAAAUGAAGAACAAGUGAGGAUGCCUCGUGUAAAAGCAGCGCAAGCUGGAAAACCAGGUCCUGCAAAGAGACGCCUUGCAGAGCAGUUUGCAGCUGGGGAGAUAAUAACUGACAUGACCAAAAAGGAGUGGAAACUGGGCUUACCCAUUGGCCAGGGUGGCUUUGGGUGUAUAUAUCUUGCUGAUACGAAUUCUUCAAAAUCGGUCGGCAGUGAUGCACCCUGUGUUGCAAAAGUGGAACCCAGUGACAACGGACCUCUUUUUACUGAACUGAAGUUCUACCAGCGAGCUGCUAAGCCAGAGCAAAUUCAGAAAUGGAUUCGUACCCAUAAACUGAAGUACCUGGGUGUUCCUAAGUAUUGGGGGUCUGGUCUACAUGAUAAAAAUGGAAAAAGUUACAGGUUUAUGAUCAUGGAUCGCUUUGGGAGCGACCUUCAGAAAAUACAUGAAGCAAACGCCAAAAAGUUUUCUCGGAAAACUGUCUUGCAGCUAAGCUUAAGAAUUCUGGAUAUUCUGGAAUAUAUACACGAACAUGAAUAUGUACAUGGAGAUAUCAAGGCCUCAAAUCUUCUUCUGAGCUGCAAGAAUCCUGACCAGGUGUACUUGGUGGAUUACGGCCUUGCUUAUCGAUACUGUCCAGAAGGAGUUCAUAAAGAAUACAAAGAAGACCCCAAAAGAUGUCACGACGGCACUAUUGAAUUCACCAGCAUCGAUGCACACCAUGGCGUGGCCCCGUCGCGGCGUGGCGACCUGGAGAUACUUGGCUACUGCAUGGUCCAGUGGCUCAGUGGUCAUCUUCCCUGGGAGAAUAAUUUGAAAGAUCCUAACUACGUUAGAGAUUCCAAAAUUAGAUACAGAGAAAAUAUUCCAAGUUUGAUGGACAGAUGUUUUCCUGAGAAAAACAAGCCAGACGAAAUUGCUAAAUACUUGGAAACAGUGAAAUUGUUGGACUAUACCGAAAAGCCUCUCUAUCAAAAUUUACGGGAUAUUCUUUUGCAAGGCCUCAAAGCAAUAGGAAGUAAGGACGACGGCAGACUGGACCUCAGUGUUGUGGAGAAUGGAGGUUUGAAAGCAAAGACAGUAACAAAGAAGCGGAAGAAAGAAGUUGAAGAGAGCACAGAAUCUAGUGUUGAAGAUAUGGAGUGCUCAAGCCCAAAGACAGAGGCGUUCCCACCAUCCCGUAAGUGCAACAGUCUGUCUCAGCUUCUUCCAUGUAUUAACGCAAGUUUCAUUUCUUCCCGCUAGAGAAGGAUUAACUAUUUAGGUUAUAACGCUUUGAGAAGAUCGUACGUUAUGUACCACGACGUCUUUUGUGUACACACUGUCUUACUCUUCACAACAGUCAUGGAGUUGGGAUGGGGAGCUGCUCUUUGCGGAUUUGGAGCCUGAGACACUGAGCAUUUAAAUGACAGAGCCAUCGUGAAGGGGUUCGAGGUAGAGACCAGAAA